CCUGAUGACAUGCACCGUCUACAUCCGCCACUCUACAACUUUCCCGUAACCUUACACUCCUCCUAAGAACCUGAACUAGACUUAAGCAUCGUCUCCUUGGGUAUACAUACGCGACGAAUACUUCCUACACAAAGUUUAAACUGUACUCUUUAAAUCUUGUGGGGUUGUCCUGCCACUAAUCAAAGGAUCCGAGAAGCGCUCACCAUGGUCCUCGACAAUGAUACUCGAGGAUGGAUCAUGACAUGUAUCAGCGGCGUUGCCUGCAUACUCGGAGCAUCAGUAAUAUGCGUCGACAUCAUCCUACGACGAUUACCAGGCUGGCAUGACUUCUCUAUUGCACAAAGUGACAAGUUCUUGUCGGCAUCGCUAAGUCUAAGUUUUGGCGUCAUGUUGUUUUCCUCCCUUUAUUCUAUGCUCCCGCAGUCAAAGAUCUACCUGAAGGACGCCGGUUACUCACCGAGAGCCGCCUCGUACUUGUUGAUCGGGCUGUUCCUGGCCGGCGUCAUCGGCAUCCGAGCGCUAUCUCGAAUCAUACAUCGCCUUAUACCGUCUCAUGUGGUCGACUGCGAUCACACCCAUGAUGAGGAAGAGAGCUUUGGGAAAGACCGCGAAGAGAUGGCAGAACAUACACACCCCGAUGAACAUGUAAACGGACCCUUCGUCUCGAAAGGUCGUGUGGAGGUCGAGGACGAUGAGGAUACUCCGCUUCUCUCGCGGUCAGCUAGCUUCAGCCCGAGGAAAGAUCAGCAUGAAAGACGGGAGGAGUCGGACGAUGCGAGUCGUAAACAGUCGUUCGCCACUGCACCGAGCAGUCGAAGGCCUUCAAUCAUGCCUAAGACGCUGACCAGGACCUUAUCAAGAUACGUGUCCGGUCGGAAGGACAACUGCGACGAGACAGGCCCCUGUAUGGGCUAUUCCGACCCCUGCGGCCAGGACUGCUUCAAGGUCGUCAACAGGCGGGGCUCGAUCUUGCCAGGCCACGGACCCUUUGCUCGAGCACCGACGUGGCGCGGCAUGGCCAACGAACUUCGAGUCGCACCAUUAGAAGAAGUGAACGAGAGCCCUUCCCCCAAUGGAUCGGCCGUGCCUCAUCACACCUCACAGGAUCGGAAGCCACAUCUUAUCCGUUCGAAGUCGUCGACUCAUCACUUUCACCAUCCUGAAAACGAGCACUCCGAAGAUGUCCCUCGUCGACCUUCUCAUCAUUCCCACCAUUCCCACUCCGUCAGCCAAGAGCACCACCACCAUGUUCCAACCAAUGCUUUCUUGUCCAUAGGCCUGCAGACCUCCCUGGCCAUCGCCUUGCACAAGGCUCCUGAAGGCUUUAUCACGUAUGCGACGAAUCAUGCAAACCCUCAGUUAGGCUUCGCUGUGUUUAUGGCCCUCUUCAUCCACAAUAUCACCGAAGGUUAUGCACUGUCUUUACCGCUUUACCUUGCUCUCGGUUCUAGAGUCAAAGCGAUCAUAUGGUCGUCUUUCCUUGGAGGGGCGUCUCAGCCUUUAGGAGCUGGGAUCGCAGCACUAUGGUUUAAAUUGGCCAACAGAACCAGUAUGGGAGCACCUACUGAAGGAGUUUAUGGUGCAAUGUUUGCGCUCACCGCAGGGGUUAUGACCAGUGUGGCUUUGUCCUUGUUUUCCGAGAGCCUCUCACUGUCUCACAACAAGGGCACUUGCAUUUCCUUUGCAUUUUUGGGGAUGGGAAUUUUAGGCCUCAGCUUUGCACUAACAGCCAGCUAGCCUUUGUAUAUUUUAUGCAUCGACAGAAGCAUCCCUCAUGGGAGGUAUAAAAGCGAAGUGGGUAUUGUUACGACGAUGAAAUGAGAGAUGAAUUCUGCUGCGUCGUAAAGCCUUCUACCGCACUGUUUGUUCUCUUC